GGCAUCAUUCAACAUCCUCGAUCAACUCACAUACCACACAAUGGCAUUCAAGUUUGUAGUAUUCGCAUGCUUGGUGGCUGCCGCCAGCGCCGGAGUUUACCCAGCCGCCCCCGUGGCGUACUCCGCCGCUCCCGCCUAUGUCGCCCACCAAGCGUACGCUGCGGCCCCAGCGCACGUAGUACACGCUGCCCCUGUGGCGUACGCCGCCCCUGUUGCUAAGGUGGUCGCCCCCGUCGCCAAGGUCGCCGUGGAGGAAUAUGACGCGCAUCCCCAAUACAGCUUCGCGUACGACGUACAGGACGGUCUCACCGGGGACUCCAAGAGCCAGCACGAGAGCCGCGACGGAGAUGUCGUCCAAGGAUCCUACUCUGUGGUAGACCCUGACGGUACCAAGCGCACUGUUGAAUACACUGCUGACCCCCACAACGGUUUCAACGCUGUUGUACACAAGGAACCCGUUGCUCACGUCGCUAAGGUGGUCGCUGCCCCCGUCGCUAAAGUGGUUGCUCCCGUCGUCGCCAAGGUAGCCGCCCCCGUCGCGUACCAGGCUGCCCCCGUCGCCUACCAGUCUGCUCCCGUGUACCACUCGGCCCCCGUGUACCACGCUGCCCCCGUCGCCAAGCUGGCGUACGCCGCCACCCCUGUGGUCCACGCCGCUCCCGUCGCCAAAUUCGCUGCCCCCGUUGCCUACUCCGCUCCCCUCUACCACCACUAAACUGAUGCCAAAACCUAGGAAUCUCAUUGUACUAUUAUAAAACGUGUUAUUUUCAAUGCGUUUAUAGUAUAAAAAUGUUCAUUAGGAAAUAUUAAAUUAAAUUAUUAUUUUUGUAAC